AUGAAACCUGCAAUUUUUGUGACUUCAUAAAUAAGAUAACUGUUUGCAAAACGAUAAGGAGCUGGAUCAUUAUGGAAUCCAAAUAGUUGGUAUUAGGAGUAGAAAAACUAUGCUCCAAUUCCAAAGCAAUUGAUUAAAUCUAAGAUCAAGGCAUGCAAAGUUAAAUUUGGAGAUAUUACUUUAUUAAAUUCGGAAGUAAAAUCAAAAAGGCAACAUUUGAAGAGCAUGACAUAUAAAUUGAUUCGAAUUAAUUCACAUCAGCUGUAAUGCAAAACAAAUGAUAUUGUGAGGAUUCAUUUUACUUUUUAAUAGUUGAGUCAGUUAUUUGUAAGAUCUAGUAUUGAGUUGGUAAGAAUACAUAGAUAUCAAAUAAGCUAUCUUUGGAGAAAAUUCUUUGGCUUACAAGAAAGACUAAAAGAUAAAAGUCCUUUUUAAGCUUUGAAAUCUUAGAAAUUAGUUUAUAUGAUCAUAAAAACAGGAGAUAAUUUAACAUAAGAGCAGUUUACUUCAUAAUUGAUUUGUUAAUUUGAUUAAUUUUUAAGAAGGAAGGUUUGCCUUUAAAAUUAAGAUUUUAUGAAAUUUAAUUAAGGAGCUGAUUUUGGUAUGAUAGAGAUGAUUAAAAAUGCUACCACUAUUGAUAGUUUGUAAAAGAAUCUAUAAAAGAAGUUUGCUUAAUUUAUUGAUUUCUCUGAUUUUUUAGAUCAUUUUAGAAACAACAUUUAAUAAGCAUUAUAAAUUUAUGUUUAAUCACUUACAGCCUACUCUUUAGUUUGCUAUUUUUUAUAAGUAAAAGACAGAAAUGAUGGAAAUAUAUUAUUAGAUGAUGAAGGCCAUCUGAUUCAUAUUGAUUUUGGAUUUGUUUUAUCUAUACCAGGUAAAGUAAUGAAAUUUGAAGGGAAAGUACCAUUUAAGAUAUUAUCAGAUUAUAUAACAGUUCUAGGAAGAGCUUUGUUUUAAGAAUAUAUUUUAUUAAGGAUUGAAUGCUUGCUAAAAAUAUUAAAAAUAAAAUACUAUUAUUGGUAAAAUGAUGUACACAGGACAUGGAACCACAUUGCCUGUUCUAGAAAAGUGAAGUUGCUUUAAAAGAAUUAGAAAAUAGAUUUAACCCAAGAGUGGCUUCUGAUGCUGAAUUAUUUGUUUAUGUCUAGGGUGGAGAGCUAGACGGGAAUUAUUUUUGUUUAUCUUAGGUAUGAUAAAUUUUAAUAUUUCGUAUAAGGUAUAUUUUAUUGA